AUGAAAACCUUUUUACUCUUAUUCGCACUUUCACUCUAUCUUCUUCCCAACUCAACUCAUUCUACGCGCAAUAAUAUUAAUCCCAUCCGCCUUCCCAGUCCACCGUAUGAGCCUCCGGUGCGGGACACCAACGGAGACGAGGUCCGGACCGGCGGAGUUUACUACAUAGUCUCCGCUACCUCGGAAACCCCGGAGAAAGUGGGGUUUGGUUGGUACAAUGACACCAAUACCAGAUGCCCAACCAACGUGGUCCUAUGGAAAAGUGAAUUCGGCAUCGCGGUUAGCAUCGCGCCGGCGUACCCGCCGGAAGCCACCGAUGUCUGGGUAAGGAUUCCCGUGAAUUUGAAAUUCUACACUCCGGUUGUCCCACCGUGUGACCAAAUAUUAACUUGGGAUGCUGAGUACGACUCGGAAUCCGAUCUAGGUUUGGUGAAGACCGGAGAUAAUGACUCACCAUACCCUUUCAUACUUUACCCAGCCCCAGCGCCCAACACUUACGAAAUCAUUUACUGUGGGUUCCUGAUGUGCAAGCCCGUUAGCACAUACUACGACAAGUCUAUUGGAGAGACGCGUUUGUUUGUGGGUGAUGAUCGCUCUCCCUUAAUUGUUCAGUUUCAGUUCGUGCAGUGA